AUGCUUUGUGACUGUUUCUCGGUUCGAUCUUCAGCUAUGGCUGACGAAAUUGCAGCGAGAUAUGCGAAAUUACGAAUUGAAGAGGAUGAAGGUGGAAUUGUGGACUUGGGUGCGAUCAAUUCGUCGGUAGUACCUGACAAAUUUCACCUAAUGCUCAUUGGAAGACUUGUGACUGAUAGACCCUAUAAUUUGGAGGCGUUUAAGAAUACGAUGAUUAGAGAUUGGACUUUAACUGAUAAAGUAGUGAUUAGGGUUCUAGCUCCAAACCUUUAUGCCUUUCAAUUCUUUCAUUGGAGGGAUAAGGAGAAGGUAUUGAAGGGUAGACCGUGGUGUUUCGAUAAUAUGUUGCUCAUAUUGAAGGAGGUGGAGGGUGACGAGCAACCAGAACAGGUGGCUCUCUAUCACUCUCCGUUCUGGGUUCGGGUGAAGCACUUGCCUUUCAAUUGCAGGUCCGAUGAGGAUGUUAAAGAAUUAGUGGCGAAUUGGGGGGAGGUUCUUGAAAUUGAAGAAGAUUUGUUGGGACUGGAUCGAUUUAGACGUGUCCGUUUGUAG